AUGCGCUUGUCAACGAUCAUAUCCAAAACACGAACAAUUUCAAAUCGUCAAUGUCGACAAUCAUCUGUGUCACCAAACAAUACUCUUAAUCGACUAUCAACAAUAUCUUCGACAGAUGAAGGUUGUCGCUUAUUGUGUGAAAUUUCAAAUGAAGAAAAUAAACUUCUUCAAUAUAUAAAAGAAAUUCUUGAAGAGAGACUUACUUUGGAUAAACAAUAUGCUCAAAAUCUUCAAGAAUUAGCAGCUAAAGCUGAUCGUAUUGCAUGCCUCACCACAGCAAAUUCAAUGGCUUCUAUGUGUCAUAAAUAUUUAAUGCAAUGGUCUCAACGAGCAUCAACUAUUGAUUCAAAUAUUGACCAAUUUCGAUAUGAAGUACUCGAUAUUUUACUUAAAAAUCUUCUUGAACAAAAAACUGAUUUAAAAAAAAUUUUCGAAGAUGAAAAACGUCAAUAUGAAGAUGAACAUCAAAAAGCUCAAAAUAAUGUAACUGAAGCUGAAAAACAUUAUUCGAAUGCAUGCAAACUAUAUGUUGCAAAGAAUAAUGAACUAACAAAAUUCACUGCUUUGGCCAAAAUUGGUGAUGAUAAUCGAAUCAUAGAAAUGAAACGUUCAGUUAUGGAAAACCAAGAUUAUGUUUAUCGUGCUCAUAAUGAAUAUGUACUUGCAUUACGAAACUAUAAUUUUAUUGAUGAACAAUAUAUUCGUAAAGUAAAUAAUUUACUUGUAUAUCAUCAAGAAACUCAAUUAUUUCUUAAUCAAAGCUGGCAAAAUUUAUCGGAAGCUAUAGCUAAUUAUAUGAAAAUUGAUCUAACUAAUUCAUAUGCGAAUGUUAAUUGUUCAGAACCAUUCUAUUUUAUUGAAUCACGUCAGUCGUAUGAUGAAAUAACUAAAAUACAUUCAAAGUUUGUAUUAUUUCAAUUAUUUAUUCUUGUUAAACGAAAUUAUUUGAAUAGUAUUCCAUUGAUGACAAAGAACCCCAUAGUAUUCAAUGAUACACUUCUUCAAACAUCUGGCUUAUCGAAUCUUAAAGCCAACCAAAUUAUUAUUGAUGAAUCAGUAAUCAAUGCUUCAACAAUUGGUGCAUUAAAAGAAAAAAUUCAAAUGUUGACAGAUGAUCUAAAUAAAGAUAAUAAUGAAUUAAUAAAUGCUCUUCGAAUUACUGAUCAACUAAAAUAUAAAGAUCUUUCAUAUUAUGGACGAAAAACUUUAUUUCAACAAAACCAACAAGCAGAAAGUUUACGAAUAAAAAUAGCAUGGCAAGAAAAUUUACAAAAUGAUUUACAAGAAGUAUUUGAAGAUGCUGGAUUAAAAGAUGAUGAUUCAUUGCAUGCAGAAAUACCUACCGGUUUAUCCGAUCGACUUGAAGAUCAAUCAUAUUUUCAUGGUCUUAUGCCACGUGCUCAAAGUGUUAGUUUUUUAAAUGAAAAAGGAGAUUAUUUAAUUCGCAUAAAUAAUGAAGAAAAAAUUGUUUUAUCGAUUUUAUGGACUGAUAAAAAUGAUCCUAGUAAAUUAAAAGAUAGCCAUUUUCUUAUUAAUGAAAAAGAUAAUAUGUAUUCACUCCAAGAGAAUGGUAUUACUAAACCAACAGUUCCAAAGUUGAUUACAUUUUAUACACGUCACAAAUUGGAAUUUAGUGACAAUGGAACACGGUUAAUCCGACCAGUGGAAAGACCGAAUUAUAUUAUUAAUAAUGAUGAAAUUAAAGUCUUUGAUCAGUUAGGCCAAGGAAAUUUUGGUGAAGUAUUUCGUGGUGAAUAUCGAAAUACUCCAGUUGCCGUCAAAAUACUUCGUUCAACAAUUGCAGAUCGAAGUUCAAAAGAUCGAGAAAUUUUUAUUAAUGAAGCUCUUUUACUUAAACGAUAUAAACAUAAAAGAAUUGUUAAUUUAUUUGGUAUUGCCGCACAUCAUGAACCUCUGAUGAUUGUUAUGGAACUUGUUGAAAAAGGAAGUCUGAGGGAUUAUUUAAAAAAUAAUGAUUUCCGCGUGUCACAAUUAAUUCAAAUAUGUACUGAAAUAGCAAAAGGAAUGGCAUAUCUAGAAAGUAAUCAUGUUAUUCAUCGAGAUUUAGCAGCUCGAAAUUGUUUAGUGGACAAAAAUGGACGAGUGAAAGUUGCUGAUUUCGGACUUUCACGUUGUCUUCAUGAAGAUGAAGAAUAUUUUAGUCAAAUUAAAGAAUUUCCAGUACGUUGGUGGGCUGUUGAAGUUUUAUCAAAUGGACCAUAUACAAAUAAAUCAGACGUUUGGUCCUAUGGUAUAACAAUAUGGGAAGUAUUUUCUAAAGCAGCAGUACCUUAUGCUAAUAUACAACAUAAUCAUUUAGUUAUUGAUGCUGUAAAACGAGGUGAACGUCUUAAACAACCACAAAAAUGUCCAGUAAAUAUUUAUGCAAUAAUGACUAAUUGUUGGUUAUUGAAUUCAAAGGAUCGACAUAAUUUUGAAAAAAUUGUUGAACUUUUAAAAAAAGAAAAAUCUAUUUUACCAAAAUUACCAUUUUUUGGUUCUUCAAAAUAA